CCGGUAUCACCUGACACUGCCCACAAAUAUGUAAACAAUCUCGAAUGAUUGUUUAAACACUUUUCAGAUGCCAGACAUUUUGAUAUCACCAGAAUAUCCUCUAGUUGAUGAUAAAUUACUGAUAUUGAUUUGUGGACUACAAGCAUACCAGGAUACAACUGUGAAAGCCUCAACAGCCGAAGGAAAUUCUAAAUUUUCAUCAUUUGCUUGUUACACAGCAGAUAAAAAUGGAUCAUUAUCUUUGGCACAUAAAUCAUCCCUGUCAGGAACGUAUACAGGUAUCAAACCAAUGGGAUUAUUUUGGAGUAUGAUAGAAGAUCCUGGACAAGAACCUGCAGGAAGACGAUAUAUAAAAAGGAAAGUGAAGACACCCCAGGAAGUGAAAAUUACUAUAUAUGAAGGUCAUCUUACCUGGGAUAAUGUUCAUUCAGAUGAAUUUAAACCCUUAGCAAUCAAGUCAAUAGAGAGGUUAUUCAAAAGAAAUGAUGUAACUAGAGUGGAAAUAAAGCAUGAAAGACUGAAAGGAACACUCUUUAUUCCUCCAGGAAAUGGUCCAUUUCCUGGAGUGUUAGAUAUGUUUGGUACUGUUGGGGGUAUAAUGGAGUUCAGGGCUGCCAUGCUUGCAAACAAAGGGUUUAUUACAUUUGCUUUAUGUUAUAUGAGUUCUUAUGAAGUUGACAAAAUUGAGACAUCAUAUUUGCAGGAAGCAAUUACAUGGUUCUGUAGUCAUCCUGAGAUUAUGAAAACAGGUAUAGGAAUAUUGGGAGUAUCUAAAGGGGGAGAACUAGGACUUUUAUUAUCUACAAUUUGUACACAGGUCAAAGCUGUAGUGAACAUUAAUGGUCCUCCAUUUAAUUCUAUAGCUCCAUUGGAUCCGUUUGAUAACUUCGUCCAGAUGGACAAUUCUGAUGCUAUAACUGUACAGCCAGAUGCAAGUAUUGUUUUCAGAUCAAGGGAUGCCAUAUGUGUCAAUUUAACGUGUGACAAACUUACACAAACAUGGAAAACAGAUGUACAGAUAUUAUAUUUAGUUGGAGAAGAUGAUCAGAGUUUACAUCCAAGAUGUGCUCAGAUGUUCAAAGAGACCUAUCCACAGAGUAAACGACAUAAUCUGACAGUAGUGAGGUACCCUGAAGCAGGACAUUUAAUAGAGCCACCAUACUUGCCAAUGACUUCUUCAAAUUAAAAGACAACUGAAAUUGAUGUGUUUGGGAAAAAAAUACAAAAAGAAGUAACAUUGAUGUGGGGAGGUAAGACAGAAGCUCAUGCAAAGGCACAGGAAGACUCCUGGAAUAGAAUUAUAAUGUUCUUCCAUUCUGUGCUACUGAAAAACAAUGUAUAUUCGCUAAACAGUCAAUUAUG